GGUGAUCGUAGUGGGAUCGACAAAGCUAUCUGGAUCCACGACGGCCACUUUCGACGGCAGUAACCACGAAGACGCCAUGACGGCACGAUCACCCACAUCGUCCACGCCGCGGCUCUCCACUAUCUGUCUGUUCGGAGCUGUCUUCAUUCUCCUGGCAACGACACAGGUAUGCAGCGAGUCUUAUUACGGGAAGCUUAUUGGCAAGCUGUCGGAAUUUCACCACGGCGUCAGCGGUGAAGUUUACGCCGUGGACGGGCGAACUCUGUUCAUCAAGGACUUCACGUACGAUGGCGAAGCGCCAACCGCCUAUUUUUACGUGGGCACAUCGAAGAGCCCCAAUGGAAAUGGAAUCAGACUGCGAGACGAGCGUGGAGCGACGGAGACGCUGAGGCGGUACCGAAAGAAGGACAUCACGCUCACGCUGCCCGAAGGCAAGACGCUGAGCAACAUCAAGUGGUUCUGCGUGUGGUGCGACGAAUUCGCCGUGAACUUCGGCGAUGUGAGGAUACCGCGGGGAUUCGACUACCCGAAACCGCAGAAGCUGGGCACCCUGAGCGGCGUGCACGGCGUCAGCUCCGAGCCGAUCGUCGUCGUCGACGCUCAGACCCUUUUGAUACCUAGCUUCAGCUAUGAUGGCGAAGCACCGGACGCUAAGUUCUGGGUGGGUGCCGGACCGACCCCGUCGCCGCAAGGAAUCCGCGUGCCCGACGAGAACGGCAGAACGGCUCCGUUGCGGCAGUACGUCCGCAAGACCAUCGUGCUCACGUUGCCAGGAGACCUGACGGUUCACAAGAUCGGCCACUUCGGCGUCUGGUGCGAGGCUUUCACCGUGGACUUCGGCCACGUGCAAAUUCCGGCGGCCCUCAACGUGCCGCCCUCCCUGAAAAUGCUCGGAGUCUCGCCGCAGUCGAAACUGAACUGCGAAGUUCUCGAGGACAGGCUGGCUUUCGAGGUGCGUUGGGCCGUGGCCGGGGACAGCAUAGUCGCCCAACUCGUCGGAAAACUUGACGAUGGCCAGUACAUGGCGUUCGGCCUGUCGGCUGACCCAGAAAGAAGCAGGAUGGUCGGUGGCGACGUGGUGGUGGCCUGGGUGGACAAGCAGACUCUUCAGGGCUACGCGAUAGAUUACUUCCUGGACGCGAAGUCGCAGUGUUCCGGUGGCCGAGGCAGUUGCCCCGACACACGCAUACAGGAGAACACGAACUCGAUUCGAUUGUUGAACGCCGCCUUGGUCGACGGAUUCAGCAUUGUCACGUAUCAGAGGCCGUUGAAGACAAACGACGAGCUGGACCGUCAGAUCCUGACAAACGGCUCGCAGGCGAUCAUCUGGGCCAUCGGACCGCUGAACGAGAGACAAGAGGUCAGCUUCCAUUCGGACUAUCUGAAAACCGACCGGCUCAUCGACUUCGGCAGGCCGCCGGUGUGGAACUGCCCCGUGCCGGAUCAAGAGCAGACGCAGCUGUUCGCCGACAGCGAGGAAACAACCGUUGGGAGCCAGGCACUAGUCGCGACCACAAAAAGGGCUCAGAGGGUGCCAGCAACGCCGGCACCGGCUCCGAAAACCGAUGCAUGGGACAUUCCGCCGAUCCAAUGCAACGAACCCGACGAUGGAGUGCUUUACGCCCAGAUGGGACCCACCGGAGGGAAACACGGAUAUCCUGCUAUCACUGGUCACGUGGGCUGGGGUAUCUCUUGGUACAUAAACGGUCUAUUGAUUCCGGAGAUCAACGUGGUCCGCGGUAGGAAGUACAGUUUCGUGGUGGAAGGCGGCGAGGACCCGGACACACCCGCGCGUUACCACCCGUUCUACAUCACCGACGACCCGAUCGGCGGCUAUCAGCACAAGACACCCGAGGAGAAAGCUAAAGUGAAGAUAUUCGCUGGCGCCCAGCGUCAACGCGGUGUGUACCGACCAACUGGCACCGGACGUUUAUGCAACUGGGUGCCAGACCAAAAUCAACCCCUGGCCGAUGAGUUCUCAUCGUUCGGUGCGUAUCAACGCACCCUAACGCUCGAAUGCGAUCCUGGCGACCCGGGAAUCGUGGAAUGGACACCGGAUAAGAACACACCGGACACUGUGUACUAUCAGUGUUACACUCACCGGUAUCUGGGCUGGAAAAUCAACGUGCACGACAGCUGCGAGGAGGGCGAGCCAGCAUCCGACGCCAGCGAGAACCACGAGGUGUACGCGAGCCCCCAAGAACAGCGCGAGGAUCUCGAGGGUAGCUCCAGCGUCCGUGUCGCGAGCAAGAACCCCCACCCGAUGACCCAACCGAGCAUGCCCUCCAGGCCAGUCUUCCUGGAACGGAAGAAGGCCGUUUACAGGCCGGCGUCUUCUACUUACAGGCGAAACGCCGAGAAGCUGUCCCCGGUGGUGAACAACGUCGCUACCCAGAUGGUCAAGCUCAAGAAGAUCGAAGCGAAGCAACCGAUCAAGAUAGAACCGAAGGUGUCCAACUUGGACGUGACCAGUCUGUUCACGACGCCGAUGAAACCUGCUAGGAACACCGGCUUCAAUCCCGAUUCGAUUGUGAUCGAAGGAGGCUUCAAGCCUAUCAUUAAGAACAUGGAGAGGUCAGAAGAGGUAGCCGAGAAGAGGAUCUCCGAGGAGAAGGACGUUUCCCCGCAGGAAGCUUCUAACCAUAGACCAGUCGACAGUUUCGAGCCGGUGUUCAUACCCUCGCCGCCUGUCCCGACGGUUGACACAGCGAAGAAAACGAAGAAGAAGACGGGCAAACCCCGGCCAGGGGAAAUAGACGACAUGGAGAUGGCGGCGGACAGAACGAACGCGUAUUACCUGCCUCCAGUUUCUAGCACCAGUCCCAACGAGCCGCCAUCUUCCGCGGUGCUGAUCACUUUUGACGGGAAGAGGUUGAAAGACACCAGUCUAGCUAGGUCGAUUUCGGGGAUAGAAGAACGUCCUUCGGGCAAACUGUCCUCGGACAUCUUGAGCAGAACGCCGCAGUUCGGCCGGUUCAAAGGGGAACUACCUGGCCAAUUACCGGAAGAGAUACGUUCGAGCGCGGAGAAACGUCGUCCGUCGACGGACCUCUCUGUGCCCGAUGUACGAUCGAGGAUCAACACGAAGCUGACUCUAGUGGGACGAUCGAAGAGAUCACCGCACGAAGGACACAUGCACGACAUGGAAUCCCACGGUAAUCACACUAGCGACCACCAACAUCAUGAUCAUCAUUUCGAUUCGUCUACAGUGGCCAGCGCGGCUCAAACGAUCAUUGCUAACUUCGGGUGCAUUCUGCUGGGCAUCGUGUUCUACCGUAUCAUUUGAAAGAGUGGCUGAAAGGAUUUCCGAGGGUUGGGAAUUGUUCGAAAGUCUCUGUCGAUCGAUUGUUUCGCAGGAUGGACCUAGGGUCCUCGUAAUUUUGCCAAUAAGGGACAAUAAAAUCGGCUGCAUUCGCGGAGAAGACUCGCGACGGCUUUGGCUCGCGUUCCAGAUAGAUUUUAGUUGAUCAUGGGAUACCUCCGUAACCGGAUAUUCACGCGAGCCACUCGAUACGCGAUCCUGGAUCGCUUGGGCGUGGAAUAAUCGCUGGCGCGGCGGCUCGUCGGUUAUUGGAGCGUACGCGACUCCGUGGAUAACGGAGAAUGUAAUCGGCGCGAUAACACACGGGAGAGGAAUAUAACUAACCAUUAAAAUACUGGUUCUCCAUUUACUUAUUUAUUUUUAGCUAUUUAUUAAGAGAUCACCGUCCUUUCGAUCGUGCGCGGGCUCACCCGCGACGAAACGGUUCCGCCGAGCGACUGCGUUCCUCGUAUAAAAUAUAAUCGAACGUGGUGGUUCCGUUCACAGGGAAUCGGAUCGUAAGAAACAGUUCUGGUAAAUCGCUGAAAAUUUGUCCGACCGAACGGAACGAAACGAAACAGGAGAGAGCAAACAAAAAAUAGAAAAGAAAAGAAAACGUGGAAUAAUCGAGUCUCGUGGUGCAACGGAUAAAUCGCGGAAGGAUUCCGUCGAUCUACGUGCUAUGAGUUCGUUGACUUUUAGUGUAUACGCUUGUACAUACGUUCAUUGUUAAUAAAGAUAAUGUAA